CGCGAGGGACGAGUACAGUACGUUCGACCGACUCCCAUUCGACGCACGGUACAGCGUUCGAAAGCCUCCACGGCCAUCAAAAAUCAAAGCACGGCGGGAGAACUUCGGAGUCCUCUACGGCACGCAACGAGCUCCAAUUCUAUCGGCACCAUGCCAAGCAAGCUGGACUACCUCUCGAAGUAUACCUCGGCGCCGGAUGCGGGCGGGGACCGGAAGGCACCAAAGAAGGUGAAGAAGAAGAAAAAGAAGAAGGAUAGGAACGAUCCGGGGCCACCGAGGCGAUCCAGGGUUGCGGACCAUUCCACCAGCGUCGUGGACGACGACGACGACUACUUUCGCCGUGGGGCCCGCGAUUCGGACAUUAGCGACGGCAGCGCACACCCAAAUGCGUACGACGACGACGACGACGAUGGCCCCGUGGUGGUGAGAGAUGCCUCCCUGGAUGUGGCUGGCAGCGGGGAAGCCGGUGGGGGGGCGGAUUCCGGUGCACGGGGGGUCUGGAAGACGGUUUCGGUCUACGGGAGCCGGGAAACCCAAAAGAGUGCAGACGAGAGACCCUCCUCGAGCAGCCCCUCCGACCACCAGAAGGASCAGCAGGACCCGCCACAGCGACGGCGGCAACGGCACGAUUCGUCCUCGGAGGAGGAAGACGGAAACGAGGGCCGGCAGCGACGGAGGCGGCACGAUUCGUCUUCGGAUGAGGAGGAAGACAACGGCCAAAACCGCAAGCGUCGCCGGCAGCGGCACGAYUCGUCCUCGGAGGAGGAAGGCGGGGGCCCACCCCCGGAUGCCCGGGGUUCCUCCGACGGCGGGAGCGAUUCCGGCUCGGUUGCGGGGCGGGGAAGGAGGCACCGGCGGCGAUACGACUCGGACGAGAGCGACGCCGAAUCCGGCGGGGGGAGCCGCGGGCGGCCCCCGAGGAGGCGCCGCGGCUCGGACAGCAGCAGCAGCAGCAGCAGCAGCCGCGGAGACCGGCGGAGGCGCUGCGAUUCCGAUGCGUCGUCCGCGAGCGGCGGCGGGCCGCGCAUGUCCUCGGGGCACAGGGCCGGCCUGCAGAACGCCGGGGACUUUGCCCGAUCGGAACAAAAGCUCGCGGCCCGGAAGCACCGGGACGCCCUGGAGAUGGUCGACAGGCACGGGACGGGGGAGACCGUCUACCGCGGGAAAGACGGCCGGCCCACCACCGCCGGAGCGGACCCGGUGGCGGAGGCCGCCAACGCGGAGGAAGGAAGGCGGAGGCUCAACCGCGGCAGGGUCCAGCAGCGGGCGGAGGAAGCCAGGGCCUCGGAGCUCGCCGCCCUCGCGGGGUCGGGGUUUGCCCGGGGGGAGGACGACGACCGCCUCGAGGCGAUCCGCCGGAGCGCCAUCCGGGAGGACGAUCCGAUGGCGGAGCACGCGCGCAAGAGGCAGCGGCAAAACCGCCGCGGCGGCGAUGGMGGGUCCGCCCCCCCCAAGCCGGUCUACAAGGGCCCGGCCCCCCGGGCCAACCGGUUCGGGAUCCCCCCGGGGUACCGCUGGGACGGGGUGGACCGGGGGAACGGCUUCGAGGACAAGAUCCUGGCCAAGAGGUUCAGCGCGGGCCGAAAGGCGGAAAAGGCCUAUCGCUGGAGUUCUGCCGAUAUGUARMAAGGCGUGCGAUGGAACAGAGCRAWUGCGCUCCCUCCAGCGCCCCUUGGCGGGGUCUUUCCUGUUGGGAUGCUGCCGGUGUUUUGGAACGUUUAUGCCCCGCAUGGAUUGCCGUCGGAACACGGCACUGCCUGCUCCCAAAAAUUGUGACAAAAUUAAAAAAAUUGAAAAACC